CAGCCGUAAAACAAGCCUAAGCCUGUCGCUGUAGCCUGGGGCCACUCACCUCUCUCUCUCGCUCUCUCUCGCUCUCGCUGCUGUGAGCCCUCCUACCGGCAUGCGUGCAUGCGGAAGUCCCAGUUCCGCUCAGGCAGGCGCUCACUCAGUCCGGAGCUGAGAACCGACAGACUCCUCGUCUCUCUCCCCCCCCACAUUCGAGCACCGGCAGAUAGCGGCUUCGCAAGGCAAGGUGAAUCAUGAGCUACAGCGUCACCCUGGCUGGUGCAGCUCCAUGGGGCUUCAGGCUGCAAGGAGGGAAGGACUUUGGUGUUCCCCUGACUAUUUCACGGCUGACGGACGGAGGCAAAGCAGCCCGAGCCAAGAUGAGUGUGGGAGACGUCAUUCUGUCCAUAAAUGGCAUCUCCACUGACAGCAUGAAUCACCUCGAGGCCCAGAACAAGAUUAAAGCCUGUGCCGGCAAUCUCAGCCUAACUUUACAGAGAUCAUCAAGUGCUGCAGAUGGAGGUCUGAAGGAUGAACCUCAAGAAAUCAUUAAGCCCGUCCCGAUCACCCACUCGGCCCCCAGCUCCACCUUCACUAAGCCGUCGGGUGAGCCCGCGUACAACAAGACGGCGCGGCCGUUCGGGGGCGACCGAGGUGUCGCCUCCAUCCCCUCUGAAUCCUCCGCUUUCACGCCGGCUGCCGCUUCUCAACCGCCACACCCCCCGUUCCCUCUCAAGUCCAGCCUCACAGCGCCAAGCUCUUCCCCCGCUCGCUCCACCAUCAGCUCCCCGUCCUCCAUUUCCUCCUCCUCCUCCUCGUCUAACGCCUCCUCGCCGGCCCGAGUGACAGCCCCCUCCUCCCAUGCCACUGUCCCGCAGUCGUCCGUCUAUAACACCCCCAUCAACCUCUACUCCAACGUCAACGCUGUGGAAGUGGCCAUGGGGCAGAGGCGAGGCCUUCUGGAGAGCCAAGGUCUGGCAGAGCAUUCUAACGGGAAAGACUUUGAGUUGGUUCAUGCGGCUGCCCUGAGUGAGGCCAGCAAGAAGAGACUAAUGGAGGACACGGAGGACUGGCAACCAAGGACCGGUACCUCUCAGUCGCGCUCCUUCAAGAUCCUGGCCCAGCUCACCGGCACGGAGAAUGAGGAAGGUCCUGACAACAAUGGAAAGAACAAUGCCGUGGAUAAAACCUCUCCCAGCGUGCACACCUUGCCUGCAGACAAAUCCUACUCCAAAGCUAUGCCUCCUCGGAACGGCAACGUCGUGGCCCCCUCCGCGUUCAAGAGACCCGCGGCCCAGAACAAGCCCCCCUUCCAGCUCAAGGGUCUAACAAGCACUGCAGGCUUCCCUAAAGGAGGUGCUGCUCCUUCAUUUGGCAAGGUUACCAACCUUUCUCUUAAAGGCCCGGAUCGACCGGUCCCUCAACCACAUCCUGAGGACCUCAACACCCUGGUGCAGCGAGCCGAGCACAUCCCGGCCGGGACACGCACCCCCAUGUGCAACAAGUGCAAUAAAGUCAUCAGGGGUCCCUUCCUGGUGGCCAUGGGCAUGUCCUGGCACCCCGAGGAAUUUGACUGCGCCCACUGCCACUCCUCCCUGGUGGACCGUGGGUUUGUGGAGGAGAAGGGCAAAGUGCACUGCGAGAACUGCUACGAGCAGUUCUUCGCUCCCACUUGUGCCCUCUGCCAGCAGAAGAUACUGGGGGAGAUCAUCAACGCGCUGAAGCAGACCUGGCACGUGUCAUGUUUCGUGUGCGUGGCGUGUCAGCAGCCAAUCAGGGGCAACACCUUCCACAUGGAGGAUGGACAGCCGUACUGUGAAAUGGACUACUACAAACUGUUUGGCGCAAACUGUCAUGGCUGUGACUUCCCCAUCGAGGCAGGGGACAAGUUCUUGGAUGCUCUAGGAUUCACCUGGCAUGACACCUGCUUUGUCUGCACGGUGUGCACCGCCAAUCUGGAAGGACAACCCUUCUUCUCCAAGAAAGACAAGCCUUUGUGCAAGAAACACGCCAACGCUGUCAACAUCUGAUCCACUCCCACACCACUCAGUGACCCACUCCCACACCUCUCAAUGACCCAAUCCCACACCUCUCAAUACAACAAACUAAAUCUUAUAAACAAUAUAUAUUCAUGACAUGCUGAAUAUUGAAAUGUACUUUACUUAUAUCAUGUGUGUGUGUUUUUGUUAAAUAAUACGGAGCCCCAAAAGGGACAUGGGGGAAAAAAAAUAUAUAUAUAAUU